AUCUACCUGCAAAAAAAAACAACAAAACAAAAAACUUGACAAACUUGGUUAUCUUUUUUUUCCCCUUUAAAGCUGCUUUUAAAAUUGUGAAGGGUUGGCUUGGCCCUGAUGCAAUAAGUAUGCUAAAAUUCACGAACAAGAGUGAUGUGCAGGAAUACAUCAGUGGAGAAUAUUUGCCACCUCACAUGGGUGGAACUGAUUCUUUCAAGUACAGUUAUCCUCCACUGGUAGACGAUGACUUUCAAACGCCUUUAUGUGAAAAUGGGCCUAUCACGAGUGAAGAUGAACAUGAAAGUAAAGAAGAGAUAGAUAGUGAUACCAAGGAACCUGGAGAUCUGAAUGAAGAACAAAAUCUUAAUCAGAAAAAGAUGAAUUCUGUAGAACAAAUUUCCAAGUCAGAGGAAAAUGACAAAACAGAGUUCAAACCAAAGAAUGCAAAGAAAGCACUAGCCACUUUUAAAGGACCUUUGUUACAUAUCAGUCCUGCAGAAGAACUAUAUUUUGGAUCCAAAGAAACUGGAGAGAAAAAGUGUUUGAUAGUUCUGACAAAUGUCACUAAAAACGUAGUAGCUUUUAAGGUAAGAACGACUGCUCCUGAAAAAUACAGAGUUAAACCCAGUAACAGCAGCUGUGAACCCGGCACAUCAUUAGACAUAAUAGUCUCUCUUCAUGGUGGUUUUUCAGCUUCUCUGCAGGAUCGUUUCCUUAUAAUGGCUGCAGAAAUGGACCAGUCUUCUGGAUCAGGUGUACCAGAACUGGCUCAGUUUUGGAAAGAAGUCCCUAGGACCAAAGUGAUGGAACAUAGGCUCAGGUGUCAUGUCAUAGAAAGCAGUAAGCCUUCUACUCUGACAUUAAAAGAAAAUGCACUAAAUAUUCCAGCAAAAACCAAUGAAGAUUUACAUAUGCAGCUAACUCAUUUACUGCAAAUUAAUAAAAGACUUCAAGAGCAGAUUGAUCGCUGCCUUUGGUUCCAGCAGUUGUCAGUUGUUUUAUCAUCAUUAUCAGUUACUAUUGUUGCCUUCUGCUUCUACCUGGCAUAUAGCCAGAGAAGCUAAAAAGAACCGCGUUGUGCUAAAGAUGCUGCCUAUCAUGGUUGUCUGGAGUGGAAAUGAUUGCUGCACUACACUCAGAUUCUGGAACUGCCACCAUGAGGUUUGUGAGCCCACAGCAACGGAUGAGUUUGCUGACCGAUGAAGUAAGCGACCAACAAAGCGAGUUACUGAGAGUGGACACUUGGAACAGCGUGUGAAGGAGGUGAUAGAGCUGGCAGUUUUAUUUCCGCUAUACAACUUAACAAAUACUACUGAAUUGGAAGAAGAAAACCAAAUACAACAACAUAAUUUAAAACUUUAGUUGCUUUUUUCCUCAAGUACUUUAAAUACAGUAUUUCAGUUAUUUUCAUCAUAUUCAUUCCUACAUUCAAAAUUACUCUUACAGAAGAUGUAAGCAUCUGCUUGAUGUAUUCUAAAGUUUCACGUGUUCUUUCAGGAAAAUCUACAGAAAUUAUGUGCCAUGGGCAGAUUUUUUGUAUAAUCUAUGUACAGUCUGGUAUAAAGGAAGAUAUCUGUUAGUAAUUAUUUUCAGGGCCAUUGCUUUCUUUAAUUAAUUUUUUUUUUUUUUUUCCUGAAAGCAAGCAUAUUGCAAACAUUUUCUACCAAAUAACAUACGCACAGCCAUAUUGACCAGCAAAAUAAUUGUGGCUUGAUUCCAAAAAUAGUAAUGAAAUAGUCAUGCUGAGACACUGUUCCUAUUCCCUCCCUGUUUAUUUUUUUUAUGUUUUUUUUUUUUUGGAAGCAGCUCUUAGUAAAAUUGCAGGAGGAGAGUGACAGUUGGCUUUUGAUGACCAAGUUACGGUUCCUAAAAAGGCUAAUAAAUAGUGUAAGGACUGACUCUGAAAUGUGCAAUAUGCUUAAAUCACAGAUGAAUUUAUGAAAAACUUCAAGCCAGGAAGAUUAAGUAUUACUGAAGGUGAUAUGAAAGUGUUAUUUCUACCAUUUCUCAGAAAAUAUUGUAAAAAUGGUUUAUGAAGCUAGCAUUACUUUGUUCUAACAAGAAUUCUUUGUAUUCGUGGCUGUAAAUAUGUACAUUAAAAUGCUAAACACCGUAAAGGAGAUUGAUGGUAUCUUUCAUAAAUUUGAUUUUUUUAACUGUAGAUGAUGUCUAAUUUGUUUACUGAAAUUAAUUUUUGCUACAAUUUAGCGUUGUAGUAGAUUUAGCUUUGGUUUGUUGAUUUCAAUAGAUAAUACAAGAUUAUUGGGGAAAAGUAAAGGUCAUAAUCUGCUUCUGUCUUUUUGGUGAUGGUAUCUCUCCAGUUCGCUGUAGUUGUAGUAUCAUUUCUAGGGAAUAGAGAAGGACAGUUUAGAAAAUGUGUUAAUAAACUGAUUAGCUAAUAAAGCAGGAGUGGUUCAAAGUGAUUACUAAAAACAACUGUGUAAAAGGCAAAUUGUCAGAACUGGUGCAUGGUCUUCUGUCCUUUCAUAACUUAUACCUUAUUUUACCAUAGUCUGAGUUUCUUAAUUUUUCAUUUAUCUAAUUUCUGUACAUUUUCCUUCUCAAUAUUUUUUUCUGAAUGAAUUCACAGCUUACAUUGUUCACUGUUAACUGUUGAAUGUUUAAGUUAUUUUCGUGUGCACAAAAUUCAGAUGCUUUGCUUCCAACAAAAUGGGUUGUUGUCUUAUUGAGAAAAGUAACAAAGUGAUUUAUAACUUCCAGAUAAUAAUUACUAGCCAUGCUAUUAAAUUGCUGAUUCCUUAAUUUGAGUGGAUUGAAUAGCACUUUACUGUAAAAUUGUGAGAAAUAUAUUCUUACAGUCUUUGCCAAUAUGAAUAUUUUAAUGUUUUGGUGCUUUCAUAAAUAUUUUCUGUAUUUUA